UCAAUAAAAAAAACAAGACACAUUCGGACCGUCGUCAAUCCUGAAAAUUAGCUGUUCCGUUUUUGGCGUUAAAUUUACCGAUGCUUAAAAAAUAUUGAAAUUCUAUUAUUAUUUUCUAUUCGUUGAUCAAAUUACAUAGAACUUAAAAUUCUUAAAAUUGACAUUGAACAAAAUUUCAACCCACAAAAAAAGAUGGAUACAAAGAACGAAAGUGUUAUGAGCCUGACAAUGCAUGACGAAUUAGCAACAAUUCAGGGCAUCAACCGUGGUCUAGAUAAUUUGCAAUGGGUGUCAUCAACUGGUGAAAAAAACAGUCUCCAACAACUCCUAGAAAUUCCUGAGAUGAACGAUUUUGAAGAUCUGAACGAAGAGACUAUUAGCUACAUAGAGUCAUUUGUCACCGACCCCGGAGAGCAAGCGAUAGUUUCCGCAAAUGAUGAUCUUGUGAAAGAAAUGGAAAAUACCACAGAGGUACCGAGCUCUGAAAAUGUCAUCACACAAGAUGAACUUUCCGAAGUGCAAAUUAACGGAGAAAUAUCGGGAUCUUCUUCAUCCCGAUAUUUCUCCUUCGCGAAUAUCUUUGGUGCCAAACGUGACUCCAAUCAAUCGACUUCCUCAUCAGCAGCGUCAAAAAAAUCCUACUUCUCUCGAUUAUUCAGUCCUCGCAGAUCAGAAACCACUAGCCCAGUUUCAAAUUUCUCAAUACCAUCCUGCAAUUCUGAAAAUGAUAAACCAGAGGUUGAUUCUGAUCAGCUCGCAGUCGCGGAGGAGUUUAUCCGAGAAACAGAAGCUCAAUGUCCAGCAGGUACUCCCCAUUUAAGUUCACUAGCUCGAACAGUUAAUCGACCAAUCUUGGCAUUUUCCUCGUCAAUGUCUCUCCGUCAUCGAGCUGGAAGUGGCUUAGAAGGUUCCCCUAUUAUGAUACAAUUUCACUCACCAAGACCAGGAAUGAGCACAGGACACUGGACACUCCUAGGGAAUACCGAUCCCGAGGGGCUCCCAGAAGAAAUGAGUCUUAACAAUUGCCUCUUCAACGUAGUCUGCGCUCUCACCGGCCACAAACCUUCGGUAUUGCGUAAAGAGACAAUCAGGGAGAUGCGAAAGCAUAUAAAUAGUCUGGCAAAAAGGAUUCAAGUAAUGCGAAGACUGGAGGAGUGCGAUGUUAUUGUGAUAUUGUUAGGGGGGGCUAGCUAUCAAGGAACAUCCAGCAGAAGUGCUCAACGGGUUAUUGAUGAUUCUCAGCAGGGUAGAUGUCACCCGAAUAAUCUUCAGGGACAUCCAAGAGGUCACGCAUCAUACCCUGAGGCCCGUGGACCCACUGAGAGCGCGGAAAAUUAUUCACGGGGAGGUUGGAAAACUGGAUUUCUGUCACGGAACGAUCAGGAUGUUGUUGGACAUAUGGCGCUCCAAACUUCAGCUGCUCAAAAUGCAAUGGCAGCUCUCAAUAGAGGUACUCAAAGUGAAGCGGUGACACUCAAUGCCUCUGAAUUGCCUGGAUCUUUACCGGCAGCGGCAGAGUUUACUAAUGGAAAUAUACAAAGGCCUAGACCUAUUAAGCAACUUGUUUUGGUGCUCAGACACCACGCGGGACAAGCUAAUAAUCCUAGCUACCCUGUCUUUGUCCAUACCUUUUACCCCAAGGUGACAUAAUUCCAACACAUAAAUUUUUUUAAUUGAAACUUAUGAAAGUUUUAAUAUAAUAAACUUGUCAUCAAUUCUUCAGAUAUACAGAAAAAAUUUCAAGGACGUUUUCAUUUUUUACCAGUUCAGAUCCUCUGAAAUGGGUCUAAAAUUCUAAUUAAUUAUUCCAAAAUAUUGAAAAAUGUUUUCGGCACAAAAAAAAAAUAGGAUCCAAGGACAUUCUCGGAUUUUAUAGAGAGUUGAGAAAAUUUGGAAUUUAAAGAAAAAAGGAAAGGGUUUUACUUACAUAUAUACGUAAAAAUGUCAAUUCGUGUAUAUCAAUAUUUUUAUUUACAAUGGUUUUUCACCAGUCACUAAUUCAAACAGUCACUAUUUUACCUGACUUCUCCAAGUAAUAACAAUAUUUCUGAGGUGCCAUUUGGCCGAAUUAACUGUACUACCAUCGUCCUGUAUUAGCUCAUUUUUCCUGAUAAACUCACAUUCAUGGUGCAGAAUAUCGGUAUAAUCGUGCACAUGAUUGAUUACAUUCUUCGAACCUUCGAUGAAUUGUUGAACUUGAUCCUUAUUAAAUGUCUCGUAUAAUAAAUUAUUUUGUAAAAUGUG